AUGGCUUCGUCCACGAAGAGGUCAUGGAAACUCCAGGAUUUUGUUGCCCACUCGUCCAAUGUCAAUUGUCUGGCAUUAGGUCACAAGUCUGGACGUGUUUUGGUCACUGGCGGUGAUGAUAAGAAAGUGAAUCUAUGGGCAGUUGGAAAGCAGAAUUGUAUUAUGAGCUUGAGUGGUCAUACCACUCCUAUAGAAUGUGUAAGAUUUGGACAAACAGAAGAUUUAGUAUGCGCUGGCUCGCAAACAGGAGCAUUGAAAAUCUGGGAUUUGGAACAUGCUAAAUUGGCCCGUACAUUAACAGGACAUAAAGCAGGUAUACGAUGUAUGGACUUUCAUCCUUAUGGAGAGCUAUUAGCAUCAGGAAGUUUAGACACUGCUAUCAAACUUUGGGAUAUUAGAAGGAAGGGUUGUAUCUUCACUUAUAAAGGACACAAUAGGAUGGUGAAUAGUUUAAAAUUUAGUCCUGAUGGCCAGUGGAUUGCUAGUGCAGGAGAGGAAGGAAUGGUUAAGUUAUGGGAUUUAAGAGCUGGUAGACAGUUAAGAGAAUUUUCUGAACACAGAGGUCCAGCAACAACAGUAGAAUUUCAUCCCCAUGAAUUUUUAUUAGCCAGUGGUAGUGCAGACAGGACAGUUCACUUUUGGGACUUGGAAUCUUUUCAACUUGUUUCUUCUACAGACCAAAGUCAUUCCUCUGUAAUCAGAUGCCUCUAUUUCAGUCAAGGUGGAGAAUGUUUGUUUGCUGGCUGCCAUGAUGUGUUAAAAGUUUAUGGUUGGGAACCAGGUAGAACAUUAGAUUCUGUCCCAACUGGUUGGGGAAAGGUACAGGAUAUAGCUAUAGCUCAGAAUCAAUUGAUCGGUGCAAGUUUUCACACCGCAAAUAUCAUUUUGUACGUGUGUGAUUUAAAGAAAAUUGCUCCAUUGGGAGGAGUGUCAACGUCUGGUUCUCCAUUCAGUCAUGGGAAUUCGUUAAGGAAAAGUUUUUCUAGAGAAAGGCCACCUGGAUUAAAGAAACACACAUUAGAUGUACGAACUAUAGAAGAGGCAGACAAAUCCGGAACUGAUCCAGAAGAUGAAGCGACGUUCGCGGAUAUUCCCAACGUUACAGAAUAUCACGACGUUUUCCAACCAAAUAGGUCACUGUCUCGCACUCCACCUCCAGAACCUGAGGCUUUCGAGGAGCCUCAAGAUGUAGAUCCUACACAACCGCAGAUACUACAAAAUCUUUCUACCUCAAUGACAAAUCUAAACACGGUGGAAACAGAGGAAGUUCCACCCAUUUCGUCACCGUCAUCUCCACCUCCACCUGCACCAACGUUAUCGUUAACAAAACCAGUGCCAGUGCGUGUUCAACCUAUCAAAUCGUCGCCGCCUGUUCAAAGGAACACGGUCACGUCCACCAGUCAAAUGAAGGCGAAUUUCCAAACGAACAACGGUCUUGGUAGAACAUCGAAGAACCUCGUGUCCAUACCACCUUUAAGACAAAAUAUCACGCCUCUUCCUGGAAGAAAGACUGGUAACACCAGUGAUGUAGGAACACUUCCACAGCCUUUGGGUCCUCAGAGGUCGAACUCUACGUUGACACCUCGCGUAGCACCAAUGGCUGCCGUUCUUCCAGUGAUGGACGAUGGAAAACUAAAGAAUAGAGCACCUAGCCCGGAUUCUCCUAAGCAUUACUUGAAAAGACAGAGUAGCUGUAGAGAUGGAGAACAGGGUUACGAAAGCGAUUACCCGGUACAAAUUAAUAGUAUAAAGCACAGCCCCUCCGAUCCUGCGUUAAACAGGCCAAAUUCUGCGCAAUCUAGGUCCAUCUCGCUGAACAGAAACUUUGCUACCUCAACGUCGCUGUCCGCGCGCAACGCUUCCACUACCACGACCUUCACCACAAAGAAAUCAAACAAAGUUCAAGUGCCCCCGAAUCCUAAGGCGGACGUUCGCGCCACGCAAUUGAGGCCGAACGUCGAGAAUACAGAGAAGGAGGAGUUUGUCCCCAUUAGCGCCGACAAACCCUACGGUUUGGACGUCGAAACUUUUCUACCGAAUCACUAUGGAAGUUCGACUGGAUUGGGUUACUCUCAAAUGGGAGUACUCAACGAAAUGUCAGAAGCUGAAGUACUGAACAGUAUGAUGCGUGGUCAUGAGUCCAUGAUGGCAGUGCUCUCGAGCCGCCAUCGUUCCUUACAAAUUAUUUACUCUCUCUGGCACAAUAAAGAUCUUAAGGCUGCGGUGGAAUCUGCUGUAGCGAUGGACGAUCUUUCAGUUAUCGUGGAUCUGUUGGGGAUACUGACACUAAAACCAACAAUGUGGAACUUGGAUUUAUGCAAUUCUCUACUUGGCCCUAUUGGGGACUUGUUACAAAGUAAAUACGAAAUGUAUAUAACAGUGGGUUGUUCAGCGCUGAGACUUAUCCUGCGAAACUUUGCGUCAGUAAUAAAAUCUAACGUAGAAGCACCUCUUCACACAAUUGGAGUAGACGUGUCGAGGGAGGAACGAUACCACAAGUGUCUCUCCUGUUACGAGAAGCUCUCGUCGAUCCGCAGCAUCAUUCUCAAGAAGCAAGUAACAUCAGGCAAACUGGGUGCCUCCUUUCGCGAGCUCGUUGUUCUGAUACGGAGCCUCGAGUGACCACGGCUGAGGCACUUGGUGAACCCGACCGCCAGACUCGUCGUUACCUGACAGAGAAUCGAGAAAGCUCGAGGAAAAAGAAGAGAAUGGACUGUAUCGACCACGAAAGAGAAUCAUCGUGCGUUCGAGCUGCUCUAUUCCGGGAAGCUUGGCGGAUUGGUUCGUCGAGGACCGUUUCUUCCUCCUCCCCAUGGCUCUUUUCAAAUUCUGGUCGCUGAUCGACGACACAUCCGAGGGGAAAGAACAA